AUGACUGAGAUCUGUCCCCACUGUGGAGUGGGGUUCAAGCGUCUGGCAUCUCACGAGUGGAGGUGCAAGGAAAAGAAAACAUCAUCCAGCCUCAAGUCUGGUUCCUCAUUCAGUUCCAGCACACCCUCAUCAUCAGUGGUUGGCAGUUCGGGAACUGGGCGACAUAACACUCCACAAGCAGGUAACAGUUCGGGAACUGGGCGACAUAACACUCCACCAGCAGGUAACAGUUCGGGAACUGGGCGACAUAACACUCCACCAGCAGGUAACAGUUCGGGAACUGGGCGACAUAACACACCAUCAGCAGGUAACAGUUCAGGAGCUGGGCGACAUAGCACUCCAUCAGCAGGUAACAUUACCGGUGCCUGGCGGCCUACCGCACCAUCGGCGGAUAAGAGUUCAGGCACCCGGGGACACCCCAAACCAUCAGAUACAUCAGGGAAAAGUACAGCAGGGCGAUCCAGUGUAUCGGACAGUGGUAGAAGACACAGCGACCCCAAACCAGCUGAAAUAGUGGUCAAGAUAUGUCCUGACUGUGGCGCCAACUACAGACACAAACAUGAAGUCUGCCAUUCUCGUGGGUCGGGGAAGCGGGAAGAUAAAGCUGCCUAUGACGUGAAGGAAGUGUGCCCUGACUGUGGCCGGUCGUAUAAAUACAGCCACACGGUGUGUCGAGGGAGACAGAAGUCAAGUCCUGUCAGACAUCACCGACUGAUGAUUCCAAAUCGGCCAAGUGAUCCAACCAAUCAACAAUCAACACGUCACAACCAUACGUCAAGACUAGGACACCAGGGGAAACAGGCAUAUGGAUAUAAGGACUAUCUGGAUGAAUCUGAAGGUCUUGCUGCUGCUUUUGAAACAAGUGUGAAUGUGAAAGAGACACAUGCAAGACGCCCCAGGAGGAACAAUGCCUGCUACAAUGGUGGUCUGAGUGAUGGAGACGCCUUGGCUGCUGCCUUUAAAGCAAGUCUCAAUCUGAAGGAGGAGGACCCAUGGUAGACUGACAUGGGGCGAUAUCACCAUGGAAGACCCGACAUCAGGUCAUAUGAACUAAACUUUUACCGGAACUAGAAUUGAAGAUUGACAUCUGCCUGCAUCAUGGUCAACACGGAGCUUGAACAACGACACCAUUCUGCAUCAGUAACAAGUACCUGCGGGAGCAAGAAAUGUCUGAUUCUUCAUCCAUUCUCUCCAUGGGAUUUCUCAGUUCAACCACAGACACACAGACCUUCGCUAAAACCAUGACUUUGUUGUUUAACAAACAAUAUUCCAGCCUAUGGCGGCGGUCAAUAAUUAACAUCAGUGAUCAACAUCAUGAGCAUCGACCUACGCAACUAGGAUACGAUGACAUUUCCUGCUAGAGGCAUAUGUUUAUAUUAUUAUUAUUUUUAUAGG